AUGCACAUGCCAUGGGCCGUGCCUUCGUUGUAUGGUGUUGAAGAUACGGUCGCAAGUGGAGAGAGGUGGCACAAUGCAGGCUACGGACCAGGACAUGCCGCAAAGAACCGAGGUUUGCCACAGAAACAGCGAUUUUGCGCAACAUAUCCAAACGUGUCACGUUGCCGUCAUGGUGCGCAUUGUGCCUUUGCACACUCCCGGCAGGAGGUCACUGCCCCGCUGCUAUCUCCCGAGGAGGAGGCGGCGGUUCCAGAGGCCUUGACUGUGGAGUUUUUCACCGAGAAGUUCAAGACGAUGUGGUGCCCAAUUGGUGCACAGCAUGACUGGCAAGCCUGCAUGUAUGCGCACACCUACCAAGACGUGCGAAGGCCCCCAGCCUUGGGCUAUGGGCAUCAGCUGUGCCCCUACUGGAACAAGAAGGAGACGAGCUUGGCCUACGCCCAGAGAUGUCCAUUGGGCCCACGCUGUCCGUUUGCGCAUGGUGCCAAGGAGCAGCUCUACCACCCCAACUACUUUCGCACCUUGGUGUGUCGCGAUCUCCAGCGACGCAGGUGCCCCCGGGCCCACUUGUGUGCCUUCUUCCAUCGGCAGACUGACUGCCGCAAGAUCAAACACGAUCCCGUGAACUACUCGCGGCCCUUGUCCGAGAAGGCAGUUCCAACAGAAUGGUUGCUGCACUUCUUGAACCCGCCCAAAUUCCAGGAGGUAUGGAUCACAGCCAGUUGCAGCAACUUGCAUAUGCACCUCAGCCAUACCAUGCUCAAGUCUGCCUAUGCAUCCUUUAGCGUUGCGCGGAAUGGCAGGAACGGAGAGGUGGCGACAGAGCCAAGGCAAAGGGUGGGGUUGCGGAGCGCUACUUCGAGCCAGUGGUACAGUGCCGAGGAGCUCAGCUGCUUUGACGAUGCCGUAGAGGUGGCAUCUGUGGCGUCUGCGGCGGACUCCGUUGCAGGGCUUUCAGCUUCAGGCCUUUCCUUCUACGGCAAAGGUCCCCAACUCAGCAGGUUCAGCCCGCCCGAAGGCCGGCCAAAGCGCCGGGAUGACCGGAACGACCGGGAGCGCGAGCUCCGAGAGGUCCGAGAGAGGGAGGCUGAGGAUUUGGCCGAGCAAAUGUCCUCGGGGCGCAACGUGUUCGUGAUGCCAAAGAGGCCGCCGCGAAGCAAUGAAUGCUACGCGCUUGAUAAAGACUUGGCUGCGGCCAGCACUCCGAACCAGGCGCUGGACAUUGCAAUGCAGCAGGCGCAGGUGAUGGAUGCGCCAAAUUGGGCGAAUCUGUUAUAUGCACUUGCUCAUUGCAAAAAGAAAGGGGGUGGCUUGAACAUCGCCUCCCUGCGAGCAGAUCCAAGGUGGGUCAGGAGUUGUAAGGAAUUACAAUCGUCCUUAGACCACCUUACGGCACGAGACUCGGCUAAUGUGAUUUGGUCCCUUGCAACCCUGGAUGCAAAGCAGGAACCUCUCUUCUUAGAAGCUGCCAGUUCCCUUUGCAACAACAAGCUUGCAGUCUGUGACCCAGUCAGUAUUUCCAAAGCUGCCUGGGCACUGACUUCUGUUCCAAAUCGGGAUCGAAGGCUGGAUCUCUAUUCCAAGCUGGCAGUUCCUGUGGUUCUGCGGGCUGACUCCUUUCCCCUUGGAUCACUGACCAUGAUUUCCUAUUCGUUUGGGAAGGCCGAUUUUCGGGAAGGGGAUGCUUACGAGGCACUGUCUUCUGCACUGACUGGGCACAUGAAUGAUGAGCUGCGGCCCAUUGACGUUUGCAAUGUGAUUUGGUCUUUUUGCACAGUUGGCUUUAGAGACGACGAACUUUUUUCCAAGACACUCAAAGAUUACAGGAUUUGUGAGAUGUAUCUGACAAAGCCAGAAGUCCUGAAGGAGUUCAACCCACAGGACCUUACCAAUACGACAUGGGGAUUUUGCAAAGUUGGUUUCAUCCACAAAGCUGCAAUGGAUACUUUGGCGAGGGAAUGCUACAACCAGCGCCAGAAGUUUGAUCCGAUCCAUUUCUCCAACUUGUUAUACUCCUUUGCCACGCUGCGUCUGCCUGGCCCUCCUGGCAUCCUCAGCAGCAUCGCUGAAAGCGCUGCAGAGCACGUGCAUCGUUUCGAUGCUGGGAACCUGGCCAUUGCAUCGUGGGCCCUGGCGAUGUUGGGCAUGAAGGAGCAGCAUUUGCUGGACCUGGCGAUAGAUCGGGUAUGUUUGCCACAGGUCUGCCCCAAUCUGGGUAGUCGCGCCUUGUCCAUGAUGGCUCUCGCCUGCUUCCGCACGGGACGGCCGCAUCGCUUGGAUGAGUUGCUGAACGCCACUAGGUUGGUGGGUCUGGGCAUUGGCGCCUCAGGCUACUCAGCUGCGGUGAUGGCUGCGGAACAAGGGGACGAGGCGGAGAGGGAGAUCAGGAUCCUUGAAGUCAUGGCUGAAGAAUCCGCUGACUGUCGAAUGCAAGCUGCAGUGGCCAAUUCUUUGGCCAUCCGUUUGUGGAAAAGAGGCAUGACUCAGCAGGCCUUUGGUGUUUUAAGGGCCUUGAAGGAGUGCCGUCCCCGACGUUGGUCGGUGGUCUCCUCCCUUCUGGUGGCACGCUUGGGAGCUGAAUGUGGCGCCCUGCAGGAGGCUUCGGAGAUUUUGGACUCCACAGGGGGGUUCGAUAGCCAGGAGUGGGAAGCCCCAGUGGUUAGUGGAAUUCACCCCAUGGCAGCCACGAGGCAAAAUGAAGGGUCACACGCUUACACGCGAGAAUUCAUGACCCUUCAUGCCGUGCUGUGUGGCGCCCCUCCCGGAGAUCCCGACGCCUGCAUGGCCGCCAUCGAGCGCUUCGCCGAGUCGCGCUCACUCUGGCUGAAGAUUACGGCGUGGGAGAAAGGAACGGUGGUACAGGAGGUGGCACGAUUGACCAAGCCCAGGUUGUCCGUGGAGAUCGGGGCCUAUGUAGGCUAUUCCGCCAUGAACGUGGCCCGCACCGUGCGGCACCACGGCGGCAAGGUGGCCAGCCUGGAGGUGGACCCGCUGCACGUGACGCUGGUGCGGAACAUGUUGGAGUAUGCGGGGCUGUCGGAGGUGGUGGAUGUGUGGACCGGCUACUCCUUCGACAGCAUUCCACAUUUGCUGAAGAAGUAUGGUCCGCGCUCGGUAGACCUGGUCUUCAUGGACCAGAAGGGAACCCGCUUUCACAGCGAUCUGGCUUUGAUGGAGGAGCUGAAUCUGCUGUCCGACCGGGCAGUGAUUCUGGCCGACAAUGUGCUGAAGCCAGGCGCUCCGCUCUACAUUUGGCACUUGGCCAAAGGAAGUUACCACCACUGCACGGCCAUUUCCGUGCGCGAAUUUCUACUGCAGAGCGAGGAUUGGAUGGUCAUGGCCUUCCGGGACGCCUCCAAAGCAGCUGCAGCCACACCGCCGCCUCAGCUACAUCGCCUGGCGUUUGAGUCAGAUAACUUCAGGAAGAAGUCGAUGUUUGAUGGGGUCGCACCUAGCAAGCAGGAUUGGUGGAAGUUCUCCCAAGGAUUCGUAAAUGGCUUGGAGCAGUGUGGCUGUAAGCCUGCCAUCGUGGGCCUUCAUGGCCGGGACAAUCCCAAAAUCACGCCCGAGGAUGUGGCCAGGAUAUUCCGAAAUGCUGGGGUUGACACCAACCCAUCAUAA